CUCUUUCUCUUACUAUCCAACCAUGACCACUCUUUCUGCCCCUCCUGUUCUUCCUGACCACGUCAAGAAACCCAACGAAGAAGAACACAAGAAAAAGUUGGAAGUCAUCAAUGCAAACAUUGAAAAAAUUCAAAAGCAAUUUGAUGCUGUAAGAGACAAGAUUGCCAAGUUGCCUCAAAAGAACGAUAAUACGCGUCGUGAAGAACUCAAGGCUGAGCUUGCCGAGAUUCGUGAAAAACAAGCUGAACUCAAAAAGACUCGUAAGGCUGUGUAUGAGCAAUUGGAUGCUAUCAAUGAUUCUAUUCGAAAGAAGGUGGGUUCUAUCAAGGGAUUUCAAACCAAAAUUCCCUUCAAGACAACAGCUGAAGUAGAUGCUCGUAUUGCUGAACUUGAACGAAAGAUUGAAGGCGGUGUUCGUAUUGUUGAAGAAAAGAAGAUGCUUCAAGAGAUUUCUUUGUUGAAACGUAAUCGUCUUUCAGUGGAAGAUAUUGAUGAACAACAAAAUGAAAUCAACAGAGAAAGAAGCAUUCAGGAUGAACUCAAAAAGAACAUUGAUGACUCUGAGACCAAGCGUCUCAGUGAUCGCUAUGAACAAUUAGAUGCUGAAUUCAAAGAACUGAAUGCUGAACAAACCAAGCAACGUGAAUCCCGUAACCAGCUCUAUGAUGAACGUAACCGUCUCAAGGCCCAAUUGGACGAAGAAUACACCAAGUUGCGUACAUUACGUGAUGAACACCGCAAGAACAAUGAUGAAUACUAUACCUUUAUUCGUCAAUUAAGAGAAUACAAGCGUGAACAAGAACAGCUCCGUAAGGUACAAGAAGAACAAGAAAAGAGACAAGAGGCUGCUCAACAAGAAUUGGAAUUGGCUUCUUUGCCUGCUUUUGAAAGUGAGAUUGCACUAUGUGAUAACUUGGCUAUCUUUUUGGAAGGAUUCAUUUCAAAUGGUGGCAAGACAGCUGCUUCUGAAGAAGUCAAUGUGUCUAAAGUGGCUAAUGCCUUUGAAGGUAUGGUGAUCAAGAAGCGUGACGAUGAUGAAGAGUUCUUUGCUGGUGCCAAGAACAAGAAGAAGAACAACAACAAUAAGAGCAAGGAUCCCAAGGAAAAGAAGUCGGAUACCCUUAAAUUGCCCCUUGCUACCAUGGAAGCCUUUUUUGAUAUCAAGGUGACUGUGCCCACCAAGAUUUCUGAAGUACCUGCUACACUUCAAAAGUUAAAGGAGCGCAAGGCUUAUUAUAUUGCUGAACAACCCAAGGCGACUGAAUUAAACAAGAAGAAGGCCGAAGAAAAGAUUGCUGCUAUGCAAGAAGCAGAACAACAACAGAAUGAAUAGAUAAUAAACAUAUAAUUCUUUUUUUUUU